AUGGUGGCAGCGGUGCCUAGCCGAAAUGGCCACGCCGCCAGCCCUUUUGCCGUCAACGAUUUUGCCGCCGCCAAAGCCCCUGGACACAUCGGGCAACGCCUGGCUUGGAUGGAAAACUUGGAAGAUGUCCGCAUGUCGAAGUGUAGCAUACAAACUGACUGUGUCUGGCAGUACUUGCAGUCGAAAACUUCGACCGUGCGUCAGGCCCAUCGAGGCUGGGCACUGAAAGAAGAAGAGUACGUGAAAAACAUCCGCUUGAAUUUGGACACUACCGAUCCCAACAUGGGUGUGGUACGAGCUACGUGUUCUCCCUCAAUGAAGAGUGGAGUUUACGUAGUUUCUGCGUGGUUUCAGAAAACAACGGGCAACGUCGUUGGAGCGCACUGCCAAUGUGUCGCCGGCUUGAGUGAAACCUGCCAGCAUGUUGCUGCGGCGUUGCUAGCAGUUGCAGAGAAAGCAGCUGACAAGACGACUUGCACCGACAUUCCAUGCAGAUGGAUUGUACCUCCAGAAGCCAAGAAACCAGCUCCAAGAUUGCCCCUCAAAGAAAUUGCAUUCCAGCGACACUUGGUCAACCAACCAGCUCGCCAAAAACUAAAAAGGGAUUACGACCCCUCCAGUAAGUUGGUGCCAUGUGGCGACGUGGCUGCUCUGAAAAAGAAGCUGUGCACUUCUUCCCCAACGCUGCAGCUAUUGCGUUAUCUUGGCACUGCAGAACACAAGCCUCCCAAGAGAGUAGUUGACACAAUAAAACUUAAGAUAGCAGAUAGCGACAACUUGUGUGACAAACAUGUACAGUGCAUAAUAAGUGAUCAUCUACAAUCACAGUCGGCUUUAGAUGAUGCUCAGCGUGAACAUAUCCGCCUUCAAACUGUAGGCCAGGCAGACAACAAACAGUGGCAUGCUGCACGCACUGGCCGUCUAACUGCAUCCAUGUUCAAAAGGUAUUGCCGUUGUGUAAAGCCUGAAGGCUUAUUGAAGACUGUGCUUUAUCCUAAUGGUAAAGCAAUGUCUGAGGCCAUAGUUUAUGGACGGAACCAUGAAAAGGAUGCUGUUGAUUCCUAUGUGCAGCUCCAGCAGUUGAGAGGCACAAAUGUGCAAAUCCAAGAAACUGGGCUGCACAUUCAUCAACAGUAUCCUUUUCUGGCAGCCUCACCCGACAGAAUUGUUCUUUUAGAUGGAGAGGAAGGCCUCUUGGAGGUUAAGUGUCCCUUCUCGAAGAAGGGUCUUGCAGUUGAGGAGGCAUGCAUAGACAAGAGGUUUUGCUGUUUUCUUGAAGAAGAUAAUGAAGUGGUACUUAAAAAAGAUCACCCCUAUUACUUUCAAGUGCAAGGGCAAAUGGCCAUCACUGGCCACGCAUGGUGCGAUUUUGUCAUUUGGAUAGAAAAUGAUGAAGCAGGUGAACCAGACUUCAUUCAUGUACAGAGGAUAUAUUUUAACCGUGACUUUUGGGAAAAUGAAAUGCUGCCAGCCCUUCUGCAUUUUGCAAAAUGGGCACUUGUACCCGAGCUGAUAACACAGCGCGUGAAACGACUCGGCAGGUUAUAUUUAAAUGGGCAGUAUGUUUCAUACAAAAAACUGCAGCAAGGCUUCUAUGUUUGCAAGCCUGGACAUGGCCUUGCAGUAACAUUACAGAGGCUGAAAUGA